CGAUCGGUGCUGUGCAGUUUCACCAUAUACAUAGUCCAGAGAGUGCUGUCAAAUGUACUUCCAGUACGCAGCAGUGGUGAAGUGAUCCUACGAGAAUUGCCUUUUUAGUGGAUGGUGCAAGACGUUUUCUUUGUGCAUACGACGACGACGACGAUAUAUUUUUGUACACACGAGUGGUGAUUCCGAGGAUAUGACUUUUGAUAAUCUUCGGGAAGCAAAAAAGACGAUUGACCACCAGCAGCGAUUGGCGUUAUUACAGUGAUUUAAUAGUGCUUUCAAAUGUCAAACACUUGGACGUAGAAAGAGUAUAACGCAAUUCAAUCAUUCGAUCAAAGCAAGAAGUCCUACGCGAUAUAAUCUCAAGGAUCCAAAAAAUAUAUAUUUGUAUUAAAAAUAUAAAAAAGUAUCAUCGCGCAUUGGUGGUAAAAAUGGUGGCCAAAGAGCAACAGAGUCAGCCCUUGGCGUCGCAGUCGCCGCCCGCUUGGGCCAGCCACACCGAGCAUAUGAUGGCCGAUUCGUCGGAAGGCGGCAAGCAGUCACAACACCAUGGACACCACGAGACCGAUGCCCUGAUCGCGGAUUACUACGGCAGCUACUCGAACUCGCCCCAGAGCCAGCAGUCGUCCAACUCGCUGCUGACCCUGUCGCCGCGCAGCUCCACGUCCCAGGCCUCGAAUCCCGCCAGCCUCGACUUCACCAAGAACAUGAAGUACAACGACGAGCAUCACGACUCGGCCGCCGCCAACAUGAACAUCGCCGCCCUCGCGAGUUUGGACAGCGGCAGUAAGAAAGCCAGCCGAGUACGCAAGGCCACGCCGAGCAAGUGUGUCAGCAGCAUUGCAGGAGCUGCGGCUGCUGGUAACAACGGUGGAUCCAACUCGAUGCGCUCGCCGAGCAACCUCAAGUGUCAGCUGUGCCUGUUCGCCACCCAGAACAGGCUCGAGUUCAGCCAGCAUCUGUCCACCCACUGUCGCAAUCUCGACGACAUCGAGCCCCAGGAGUUCACCAAGCUCGUGAUGGAGCAGCUCAGCGGCAAUCUCGGGCCCGCCGACGAUCUGGCUUCGCCCCCCAAGAAGACCAACUACAACAACAACAACAACAACAAUAUCGUCAGCAAUAACAACAACAACAACAGCCUGGACAUACCCGUGUACGACCAGAGCGGCGACGAGCUGGGACUGCGCGUGCCCCGCGUCCAGACCAACGGCAAGGUCAAGCUGUUUCGCUGCAAGCAGUGCCCGUACGUGGCCAUCGUCAAGGUCGACUUCUGGGACCACAGCCGUCAGCACAUCAAGCCCGAGAAGCUGCUCACCUGCCCGAAGUGUCCCUUCGUCACCGAGUACAAGCACCACCUCGAGUACCAUCUGCGCAAUCACUUCGGCUCCAAGCCCUUCAAGUGCGAGCAGUGCGACUACUCGUGCGUCAACAAGUCCAUGCUCAACUCGCAUCUCAAGUCGCACUCGGACGUCUAUCAGUUUCGCUGCAACGAGUGCAACUACGCCACCAAGUACUGUCACUCGCUCAAGCUCCAUCUGCGCAAGUACAGUCACACGCCCAGUGUCGUGUUGAACACCGACGGCACGCCCAAUCCGCUGCCCAUCGUCGACGUGUACGGCACGCGCCGGGGACCCAAGACCAAGAGCGAGGACACGACGCCGCCGCCCCAGGACAUCGUGAGCGCCCUGCUGCCCGUUGUAGUGAGCAAGCUUCAGCCGGCUAGGCAGCAGAAACAGCAGCAGCAGCAGCUGCAGACGCCACCCUCGCAGCAAGAAUCCGCUGGUGCUGCUGCUCUGCCAUCGCCGCCGCAGCCGCAGUACAAUUUCAGCAACUCGAUCCCGAUUCGCUUCGAUUCGCCGAUCGGUGGAGGAUCGGCACCUCCUCAACUGCCGAUGACCCCCGCUGCGUCGCCCAAGUCGCUGUCGAUGAUGCCCUACAUCGAUCAGGAGGACGCCGUGACGACGAUACACCUGCUGGCCAGCCUCGGCGGUGGCCCGGCCAGUUUCAAUCCCUACAUCGCCGCGGCGGCGAUGCAGGCCGCAAACUCGCGAGUGGCCGAGUUGGGUGGUCCCGCGGGUCUCCGCGCCGAGCUCGAUCAGCUGACCAAGAUCACGAAUCCGGUCUUCCUGGGCAGCGCCGACAUGUGCUCGCGGGUCCUCGCCCUCACCCUGAAUAUCCUCAGGGAGGGCGUGAAGCACGCCGAGUCGAGGAGCAGCGGCAACGGUUACAACAAAAAAGUCAUCGUCAACAGCCUGGACAGCAACAGCAGCAGCACCGACACCGCCUCGAGCCAGGAGGGUGCCCCCCUGGAUCUCAGCAAAGCCAACCACAGCAAGAUCCGUCGAGAUGACGAGGCGCCCCAAGACCUGACGAAAAGUAAUAACAACGUCCGGUCGAAUUCCUGCGACGACGACUACGAGGAGGAGGAGGAGGAGGACCAGGAGGACGACGCGGACGAGGAAUACGACGCGGACGAGCAGCCGGCGUCGCCUGAGCUCAGGGCCAUCGUCGCCAAGCUCUGCAGGCACAAGCCGGUGAUGCGCAGCGUCCACGGCUCGCUCGCCUUUCUGCGCCAGUAUCUCAUGUUUCUGAGGGCCACCCAGUUGCAGUCGCUUGGAUUCAUGUAAUGAGCAGCAGCAGCUGCAACAAGCAUUCAAAGUCAAUUAGGAAAGAAAUUAUAAAUUAAUCGCGUCUCGCUUGGGGAUCGAGAGCGAGCGAGAUCGCCGUUUGCCUGUACAUAGAAUUAAUGAUAAGCAUGGAAUGCGCUUUCGAGUGCAAAAAAAAAUGAGCCGCGAAACUUUGCGAGCAUAUUUCGUAGUGUCGGGAAAUUCGUCGUCUAAAAUGUUAACGAAGUAUCUCUUUUGUUAUCCUUUUUUACUCGAGUGAUUCGUUCGCAAUGAAUAGCAGAGAGAACCGCUGCUACCGAGAAGCCGAAAGAAAUUUUUCUCGACGAACCAAACCGUGUAACUCGCACUCUCGCUCAUAAGUAGGAUCUUUUUUUUUUUUUGUCUAAAACUUAAUUUAAGAGAUGUUUAUUCAAUCAGCCAUUUGUGAUGAUAACAAGUACUAUUAUAUAAUUAUAAAUUCUAUUCUAAUGUUAAAAGGUAACCGAAGAAAAUUUAUGAACACGAGUAUAUAUUUGAUAUCUAUGUAUACAUAUUUAGUACUAAGAUUGUACAAAGGUUUUUCAUUGUAAAGGAGUAUUUUCUAUAGAUAUAUAAAAUGUAUCGCAGUAUAUCGUAAUCGCCUAUUGACGUACCAAAAGCUCAAAAGUAACAUUGAAUAAGGUACAAAAUAGAUGAAACAAAAUAAUGUACAGAAAUAUUUUUCUACUCUUUUGUAAUUGCGUAGGAUAUAUAUGCACGAACUAUAUUUUGGAAAAAAAA